AUGCUAGCCCGCAUGUCUAACUUCACCAAAGGCCACUGCAACGUCUUCCUCCCUGGCGGCGCGCGCUGCCCCUGCACCACCGGCCGCUGCGCCUUCGACUUUACGGGCGCUGGCGACGUCGAGUCGCUCAAAUGCCACACGUGCUCGCACCGCAUGUGGGACCACAACGACUCGCUCGGCGCCGACGACGACGACCUCGAGCGCGGAAUCGGCGUCGGCAUCGGCAUUGGCGACCCGCCGCCGUACGAUGAAGGUUCACGAAGAAAUGAUACGACGCAGCAGCAGCAGCAGCAUCAAUUUAUGACAGCGACAAGGACAACGACGAUAGGGACGGGUGCGUUGGAGCUGCCCACGCAGCCGGCGCAGUCGCAUAACCACUAUUAUACCAGCAGGAGCACAGAGCCGGUAAGGUACGAUGCGCCGUUAGCAACGACGUACAGCUUCCCGGCGCGCGACACCAAUACAAACCUGCCACAGUACAAUAUUGUGCGCCAGGUGCCGCUGUCGAGACCCUCGCCGAGGGGGAGGACGUGUACUGCGAAUCUCCUUAUCGGCGUGAUACUAGGCUUUGUCAUUGUGGCGACGCCGUUUAUAGCUUAUCGUAUCGUAACUUCGUGA